CGCCGUCGCCGCUGCCGCUGCCUUGUGUAGGGAGGGAGCAGACCCGGUGGCCCGCGGUGUGAGCGGAAUUUAUCGUGUCUCUCGCCGCGAAGAUGGAGGGGCCUUUGUCUGUGUUCGGGGACCGCAGCACCGGGGAGGCGAUCCGCUCCCAGAACGUUAUGGCUGCUGCUUCAAUUGCCAAUAUUGUAAAAAGUUCUCUUGGUCCAGUUGGCUUGGAUAAAAUGCUGGUGGAUGAUAUUGGCGAUGUAACCAUUACUAAUGAUGGUGCGACCAUUUUGAAGUUACUGGAGGUAGAACACCCUGCAGCGAAGGUGCUUUGUGAGCUGGCUGAUCUUCAAGACAAAGAAGUUGGAGAUGGAACUACUUCAGUGGUUAUUAUUGCAGCAGAACUUCUAAAAAAUGCAGAUGAACUAGUCAAACAGAAAAUCCAUCCCACAUCAGUUAUUAGUGGCUAUCGACUUGCUUGCAAGGAAGCUGUGCGUUAUAUCAGUGAAAACCUCAUUAUCAACACAGAUGAACUUGGAAGAGAUUGCCUAAUUAAUGCUGCUAAGACAUCCAUGUCCUCCAAAAUCAUUGGAAUAAACGGUGAUUUCUUUGCUAAUAUGGUGGUGGAUGCCGUACUUGCUGUUAAAUACACAGAUGGAAGAGGCCAACCUCGAUACCCAAUCAAUUCUGUUAAUAUUUUGAAAGCCCAUGGAAGAAGUCAAAUGGAGAGUCUGCUCAUCAGUGGCUAUGCUCUGAACUGUGUAGUGGGAUCCCAGGGCAUGCCCAAGAGAAUCGUUAAUGCAAAAAUUGCUUGCCUUGACUUCAGCUUGCAAAAAACUAAAAUGAAGCUGGGUGUACAGGUGGUUAUUACAGACCCAGAAAAACUGGACCAAAUCAGACAAAGAGAAUCCGAUAUCACAAAGGAGAGAAUUCAGAAGAUCCUGGCGGCUGGGGCCAAUGUUGUUUUAAGUACUGGUGGCAUUGAUGAUAUGUGCCUUAAGUACUUUGUGGAGGCUGGUGCAAUGGCAGUUCGAAGAGUUUUGAAACGGGACCUUAAGCGCAUCGCUAAAGCUUCCGGGGCUACUGUUCUAUCAACCCUGGCCAAUCUGGAAGGUGAGGAAACUUUUGAAGCUGUUAUGUUGGGACAAGCUGAAGAGGUGGUACAGGAGAGAAUUUGUGACGAUGAACUGAUUUUAAUCAAAAACACGAAGGCGCGCACGUCUGCAUCCAUUAUCUUACGUGGGGCAAAUGAUUUCAUGUGCGACGAGAUGGAGCGCUCCUUACAUGAUGCUCUCUGUGUCGUGAAGAGAGUUUUGGAGUCUAAGUCUGUGGUUCCAGGUGGGGGUGCUGUCGAAGCGGCUCUUUCCAUAUACCUGGAAAACUACGCAACUAGCAUGGGGUCUCGGGAACAGCUCGCAAUUGCAGAGUUUGCAAGAUCUCUUCUUGUUAUUCCUAACACCCUUGCUGUUAAUGCCGCCCAAGACUCUACAGACUUGGUUGCAAAGUUAAGAGCUUUUCACAACGAGGCUCAAGUUAACCCAGAACGUAAAAACCUAAAAUGGAUUGGUCUUGACUUGGUCAAUGGAAAACCUCGCGACAACAAGCAAGCAGGGGUGUUUGAACCAACCAUAGUUAAAGUCAAGAGUCUGAAAUUUGCAACAGAAGCAGCGAUCACCAUUCUUCGGAUUGAUGAUCUUAUUAAAUUACACCCAGAGAGUAAAGAUGAUAAGCACGGAGGUUAUGAAGAUGCAGUUCACUCAGGAGCCCUUGAUGGCUGAUGUGCUUUCUUUAUUUAUAAAUUUGUUAGAUGCACUGGUCAAGUAUUAGGUUCACAUUAAAAUUAUAAUGCUGUCA